UGUCUCAACAUCUGUGUGGGAGAGUCCGGUGAUAGACUGACCCGAGCGUCCAAAGUGUUGGAACAGUUGACAGGACAACAGCCCGUCUUCUCGAAGGCCAGAUAUACUGUCCGAUCGUUCGGUAUUCGUAGGAAUGAGAAGAUCGCCGUUCACUGCACUGUCAGAGGACCCAAAGCUGAGGAGAUCCUCGAGAAGGGUCUUAAGGUAAAAGAGUACGAAUUGCGAAAAGAGAACUUCUCGGACACCGGAAACUUUGGGUUCGGUAUUCAAGAGCACAUCGACUUAGGCAUCAAAUACGACCCGAGUAUCGGUAUCUAUGGUCUGGACUUUUUCGUGGUGUUGGGCAGACCCGGCUUUAAUGUGGCCCAUCGGCGCCAUAAGGUGGGCACUGUUGGAAAGCCGCACCGUCUGACCCGAGACGACGCCGUGAAGUGGUUUCAGCAGAAAUAUGACGGAAUCAUUCUUCCGCCGAAAGCGAAGGCA